AUGAAGUUCACUAUAGAUGUGUUGGGUGUGUUCCUAAAAGUGGUGAUUAAGAUCAACAAAGUGACGUUCGCGCCACUGGUGGUGUCCACAUUGUUUAUCCUGCUGACGUCACUGUUGGCUCACUGCGCGCGAAGAGCGGUCCAGAAACUAGUCAAGGAGCCCUUUGUGAAACUCCUCUUCGAAGAGGCGAUCGCCGCGGCAGAGCUGUGCGGCUGCUGCUUCGAGCUAAUAAUCGUUGCAGACAACUUUGGCGUUGCCACCUACGCUAUAUAUUUGUUCGCUCUAACUAUAUGGUGGUCACUGAACUGGGGUGAUGCAACCGCUUGCCCCUACACUCAUAUAGAGGAUGUGAUUGAGGGCAAAGGUGAUAUUCGAAAAGCGUUACUGAAAACAUGGGCAGAACUGACUGGUGGUUUAUUGGUUUUCAAAUAUAUACAGAUGUAUUGGGCAUUGGAAAUCUCUGAAACACACAAGGACAGGGCAUUUGAGGAUUGCAAGGCAGACUUACAGGUUCCAGUUAUAUAUGGUGCUAUUGUAGAGGGAAUAGCGACUUGUAUGUGCCGGCUUGCGUCUAAGUCUCUUGGUGAUUUGAACCCACGUUUCGCAACAGCAAUCGACUCAUUCAUUGGAACGUCACUUGUGGUUGCAGGGGUCCUCGCUAGGCACGCGGUAUACGUCUACCGCUAUCAGGACAAUAGUGCUAACGCGGACCUAAGCGUGUCCAUCUAUUGCAAAGUACAUUUAGGAAAAGCUUUCGACUACUCAGGUGGAUAUUUCAACCCGGUACUGGCUACCUCAUUGAAGGCUGGCUGCAAAGGCCAUACGCUGCUAGAGCAUGCCGCAGUUUACUGGGUCGGUGCUUGCACCGGAUCUAUUCUCUCCGUCUACCUUUACAAGUUGCCAGCGAUCCAGAAGUUCGUCAGAGGCACCGCCGAUAUGAACGGCGACAGUAUUUGGGCCGACAAAGAAGAU